CAAGUUCCCCGACAGUGCCACGUGGCCGUUACCGUCUUUCCCUUUACUGCUGCAGUUCAUGCUGCGGGUAUCUAUCUUUUACCUUCCAGCUUGGAUUCACGUUCGCCAACGAGAAUGAACGAUGCAAGACUCGACGACGAAAUCAAUUGGGCUGUUUCCUUUCCUCUCCCUUUCCGCGUCAUGGUCUUGGUCGGCCUGGGCAUUUCAGGAUGGGCAACGAACCUCCAUGGCCUCAUAAUCUUUGGCGUGGACGCCGUCAAUACGAUGGAGCUCCGUGUGGAUCCCAGCCAGCAGCCGAUUUCGCUGCGAAUAGCGGGCAUGCACCUCAAGACACCUUCAUCAAUUUAUGGCCCAGUCUAUCGCCUCGCCUUGGCGUACUUUUCCUGGUGCUUCACGACGUGGGCAUUGUUCCGUUACUUCACAUACAGGAACGUCGUUUUGACCGAUGUUUUUGCGUACAUACCCGGAGUGUCAACUCUCGUCAUUCUGUUUGUCCUCGUAUGUCCUUUUAACAUCUUCUACAAACGAGAGCGAGACAAGUUUCUGUUGUCUAUUCGGCGAUGCAUUUUCUCCUCGAUGGAUAGUCCUGUGCAUUUCACAGAUGUCGUGUUCGCGGAUGUCUUUACUUCGUUUGCUAAGGUCUUGGGCGAUGUCUGGUUAUGCAUGCGCAUGCUGGCUCCAGGAAACAGUGUUUUAGUUCCGCCAAGAGAAGAUGGUUGGCUUCGAUGGGUUAUGCCUGCAAUUAUGAGCCUUCCGUAUCUAGUACGUUUUCGACAAUGCAUAAUUGAGUAUCAGUCCCCUACAAACAACAGCCAUCGGCCUCUCUACAAUGCAGUGAAAUAUGCAACGUCUUUCCCCGUCAUUUUUUUGUCGGCAGCUCAACGAAUAGUAGUGACGGAACUCAGGCAAGAAAAGGGUGAUGAGGUCAUGCAAGCCGCCUGGCAUGGUGAGCAUCCACUUUUUCGGCUAUGGCUUCUCUUUGCUGCCAUCAAUUCUCUAUAUUCUUUUUGGUGGGAUAUCACCAACGAUUGGGGUUUAGAUUUGCUCAAACUGAAAGCCAUGGGCGAUGCUCAUAACCGACGAUAUCCCCCUCGCCGUUUGGUACUUGCACACCUACAUUCAGGCACACCCCUUAUGGCAUCAGACGUCCGGUCACCUGCGGAACCACAAUCGCAUCAUAGUUCUAGUCAGCCUUAUCCUUACGGACUUCGCGCAACGAUAUUGUAUCCCUUACCCGUAUACCCUCUUCUAAUAUUCCUCAAUCUUGUACUUCGAUUAACGUGGUCGAUCAAGUUGUCAAGCCACCUACACUCAAAAAGCGACGGGAGCAUUACUAUAUUUUGCUUGGAGAUUGCGGAGAUCAUUCGUAGAUGGAUGUGGGUAUUCAUUCGGGUCGAAUGGGAAACUAUUAAAAAGUCGGAGCGGGACGUUGAUGGCGAAGGCGACUACGAGCUGGUACAAACUCCGGAGGUCGAGGAUUUGACGUGACCUUGGACAAUAGAGUGCAUGUAAAUCACGUAUUGCAUUCUAAUACUAAUAGACGAUAGUUUAAGAAUCGGGAUAAAGUCCGAGUGUCCCCGCCACGAUAAGUGCCAUGAUGUGAAUCGCUUCAUACUUAUACUUUUGUACUUUAUGCCUGCAAUACAGCUGCGCAGCCAUGUGACGUCUCAUACUGCCAAGUCCGCAAAGAAUUUCAGUAUCGGGUAGCCCAGAGUAGCAAAGGAUUCUCUUCUGCGGGACAAAACGGGUAUAUCUGCCACCCCUCAGCUUUAUUGAUCAACCGGU